AUGGCUACAAUCAAGCCGAUUGAGGGCAGAUCCAUCCACCAAAUACAGUCGGGACAGGUUAUAGUCGACCUUUGCUCGGUAGUCAAAGAACUGGUUGAGAAUAGUCUGGAUGCUGGCGCUACUUCAAUUGACGUUCGGCUUAAGAACCAAGGCCUAGACGCGAUCGAAGUACAAGACAAUGGGUCCGGGAUUGGUCCAGAAGACUUUGAGAGCCUUGCCCUCAAGCACUACACCUCGAAGCUCACAAGCUAUGACGACCUCGAAUCCCUCGACACCUUCGGUUUUCGUGGCGAAGCACUCUCCUCUUUGUCGGCCCUAUCCAAACUCAGUAUCAUAACUACACGAGCGGAGGAUGCUCCCAAGGGAUCGAAGCUCGAAUUUGAAAUCAGCGGUCGACUCGGGAACAAAUCGACUAUAGCCAGCACGAAAGGCACGGCUGUUGCCGUCAGCAAUAUCUUUUACAACUAUCCAGUUCGACGCAGGGAACUAGAAAAGAAUAUCAAAAGGGAAUAUGGGAAGGUUCUUGGGAUAUUGCAUGCAUAUGCGUGUAUUAGCACCGGCGUUCGAUUCUCCGUGAGCAAUAUAGAUAAGAAAGGGAAGAAAACGGUUGUCUUCUCUACGAAAUCUAAUCCGACUACGAGAGAAAAUAUUGCCAAUAUCUAUGGUGCGAAGACAUUACUUGCUCUCGUACCACUUGAUCUCCAGCUCGAGAUGGAGUCAUCCUCUAGUAUUGCUGCGAAAUUUGCGCAGAACGGGCCCGCAGAACGGCAGGUCAUCAUUGAAGGCCACAUCUCUCGCCCUGCAUCCGGCGAAGGCAGACAGCUGCCAGAUCGCCAGAUGUUCUUCGUGAACUCUCGUCCCUGUGGUCUUCCACAGGUCUCGAAGGCGUUCAACGAGGUGUAUAAAUCCUUCAAUAUGUCCCAAUCACCUUUCAUCUUUGCGAACUUGAAGAUGGAUACCGGCUCUUACGAUGUCAAUGUGUCUCCUGAUAAGCGAACCAUUAUGUUGCACGACCAAGGGGAGCUCCUGGAAUCCUUGAAAACGGCAUUGGUGGAAAUGUUCGGCGCACAGGAUCAAACGAUGCCGCAAGCGCAGCUGCUACAGAAAACCCAAACGCCCUUGCGGCAGUACCCAGCUUUUGCGAAUACAGUCACAGGGCCAAAGCGGCCAAUUGAUGAACAAUCUUCACCAUACUACGGCAAUGGUGGUAGCCGUGCCGCUGACAACGACCCAUCAUCAACGGUGGAGUUAGCGGACACCUCAAGCACUGUCGGAACCCCCAACAACCUAAUCCAGAAGUUCGCAUCACGGCUGGCCAACGUGCGUAACGACUCUGCGGGUGCCAAAUCUCUUGCUGUACCUCAUGUUUCAAACAAAAAGAGAAAGGUAUCUAAGGCAUUCGCGGCUCAAUCUCCUACAGAUGACGGCCAUUCAGCGCAAGUCGAUCUUUCGGAUACGGAGGGCCAGGAACGUGAACCUGCGGCCCACGGAAGUCCUCUGUUCAUUCCUGAAGGAGCGGAGGAGCCACCAGCUUCACCCCACGAUUCAGAACAGGAGGAGAUUCCAUCCACCACCACAACUCCUCGACGUUCUCAACCUGGGGUUGUGCAGAGUGCUUUCGAUCGUAUGCGGUUCAAGAGACGCUCGCCCGACAUUGCCACUGUCACGAUUGGUGAUGAGACUACCCAAGUGCCAAUUGGAUCAACACCGCAUAAGCAAGGAAAAAUUGCAAAGGCGAAGUCGACUGAGCGUCCUACUGUAUCAAAGAAGUCAGCUCGGGAAUUCAAGUCCGGACUUGCACUGUUUGCUGCGAUCCGGUCGGCCGGGGAAGACACCUACCAUCCUAUAGCAAGCCAGAUGGAUGAAAGCGAAGAUGAAGAGAGUCAAGCGGGCAGCCCUGCAGUCUCGUCAGAACCAGCUGAAUCGGAUUUGGAACGUGUCGCGGAUUCUCCAGAUCGUGAUACCGUCAAUGAGAAUGAGGAAGCUCUGGAAGAAUCGCAAGGAAACUUGGCUGAAGAGAGCCGCGUCCCUAGGGACGGCCCCAAUAUAGGUGAAGCCAGUGAAAGCGAACUACCCGCAGACGAGCCAUUGCGCGGAGAAUCCGAUGAUGAAUACAUCGAUGAAGGCGAGGCUGCCAGAAAGCACCAAGCAAAAGAAGACGCACGCGUCGCGCGGCUAAUUGCAGAAGCCGAAAAGCAUUCUUCGAGACCAACAGAUGAGAAUUUGAAGCGGACGGCCAAAGCCCUGACGCCUAGACCCACCAAAACCUCGACAUUCCACUUACAGAAGUCGGUGAAAGUCAAUCUCUCUGCAAUUGAGCGUCGACUGAGGGAUAUCUCAGACGUCUCGCUUAUUGAGAGUGACGGAACCUCCGAGGCUGGAUCACUCCUGGAUGUGGAGGACCGAAAGGCAGAGGAGCGUCUAUCUCUAACUGUCUCGAAGGCGGAUUUUACCCGGAUGCGAGUAGUCGGCCAGUUCAACAAAGGCUUCAUCCUCGCGACCAGGCCAGACCAUGCAACGAAUGAAAAGUCACAGAGUCAAGACGGGGACGAGCUGUUCAUCAUCGAUCAGCAUGCCUCGGAUGAAAAAUUCAACUUCGAGCGCCUCCAAGCCGAAACCAUCGUCCAAAACCAACGCCUCGUUCAGCCUCGCCGCCUCGAACUCACGGCCAUCGAAGAAGAAACCAUCCUCAACCGCCCGGCCCCCUUCCAAAAGAAUGGCUUUACCCUCGACAUCGACACUUCUGGCGCACACCCCGUCGGCCAACGCUGCAGCCUGCUCAGCCUGCCCAUGAGCCGCGACACGAAAUUCGACAUCCGCGACCUCGAAGAGCUGAUCGCGUUGGUCGACGAACAAGCCGUCGGGUCCGACGUCCCGCGCCCGAGCAAAGUGCGGAGGAUGUUCGCGAUGCGGGCAUGCCGUGGGUCGAUUAUGGUCGGGGAUGAGCUGACGAUGCCGAAGAUGAGGAUGGUCGUGCGGCAUAUGGGGGAGAUUGACAAGCCGUGGAAUUGUCCCCAUGGACGGCCGACGAUGAGGCACUUGUUUGCGCUGGGGGGUUGGAGGGGGUGGAAGGAGGGGGAUAGGUUGGCGGAUGGCGUGGAGGAGUUGGAUGAAGAGACGGAUUGGCCGGAAUUUUUGAGUCGGUAUGGACAGGCGCCGAAUAGUGAUGAAGAGGAUGAAGGCCCGAGCUCAGGGAACGCCGGCCCAGCCUCAUUUGCAGGAAUUAGAGGUGCGGCGAUAAAUGUCGACAUGUCUGACGUCUCCCACCCAUAA